CUGACAGUCAAACUUAACAUUCAACUUAUUGCUUAUUUCGUAAGGGCUGCUUUCAACUUUCUCUUCGUAGCAUGAGUCAGAGAAAAAGGGGAACGAGGAAAAGGAAAAACGAGGAUGCCUCCGCAGGAGAAAAGGAGGGCGAGGACACUGAGGAAAGAGGAGACAGGAGGAAGAACCGCGCAACAAAGAAGUACAUUGGAGCUCAUGUUGGCAUUCAAGGUGGGAUAUGGAAAGCCGUGGAGUCCUGUAUGGAGAUGGGUGGCAGCAGUUUCGCCCUGUUCCUGGGGUCCCAGCGAUCGUGGAAGAGGCCUGCAUUGGACCAUACAGCUGCAGCAAAGUUUCAGGAGCUGUGUUCCCAACAGGGGUUUGACCCAGCUCAUAUCUUGCCUCAUGGCUCCUACCUGAUGAACUGUGGAUCUCCUAAAGAGGAUGUGUUUGAAAAGAGCCAGGCCCUGCUGGUGGACGAGCUCAGCCGCUGCAACCUGCUGGGUCUCAGCCUCUAUAACUUCCACCCCGGCUCCUCCCUGGGUACCAUCACCACUGAGCAGUGUGUGGACAAGAUUGCGAGCGCCAUCAAUUAUGCUCACCAGGAAACCCCAUCAGUGGUUACAGUGUUGGAGAACAUGAGUGGCCAAGGCAGUACGGUGGGCGGCAAGUUUUGUGAGCUAAAGAGCAUCAUAGACAGAGUGAGAGACCAGACCAGGGUAGGAGUCUGUCUGGAUACCUGCCAUGCAUUUGCAGCAGGAUACGACCUCGCUGCAGAGGGAGGUGUGAAGGCCAUGCUGGAUGAGUUUGACCAAGAAGUGGGGCUCCAAUACCUCAAGGCCAUUCAUCUUAAUGACUCCAAAGGUAAACUUGGCUGUAACCUGGAUCGGCAUGAAGAUAUCGGCAAAGGUCACAUUGGAAUCUCUGCAUUUCGAGAAAUUGUCAAUGAGCCCAGACUGGACAACAUCCCUCUGAUCCUGGAGACACCCGGACGGCCUGGAUUUGAAUACACUGAGCAGAUUGACCUUCUCUAUUCCCUGUGUGAGAAAAAGUGAGAAAAGCACUACUGAUGAGUCGGCACUGAUAAACUGAACUCUGCAAACACACUGUUAGCCGUGAAGAGAAGUGUUGUUUUUGUUUUUUGUCUAGUACCAAAGUGGAGGAGUGACCUAUUGUGAUAUCUCUAAACACGGUCAUAUUAUUAGUCGUUCACCACAUGAACAGUUUCUCCAAAUUACAAACCUCAUCUUUGAAUACGAGUUUAAUAAAGGUGAUUUUGGAAGUUUUUAUAUGGCGUGGGGAGGAGUCUUGUUCCGAAUGAGCCUUUAGGGGGCAGCAGAAACACACAAAUGUAAACCAAACCUAAUGAGACUUUGGUUUCAAAGGAUGCAGGUAGAAUAAGUGUGAGGAAAUGGUUUGCACAUUUGUAUUGUUUUUUUUAUCUUUAAGCAAAAAGAAUUUAAAAAAUUGCUGAUAAGUGCAACAAACUCAAUUAAAUGGAGAAAACAUAAAUUAUUGAUCCAAAGGUAAAUAAACAUUUUUGCAUUACAUAUUUCCAGUGGCAACACAAACACAGACAUAGAGAUAGAAUGAUAACUAUACCUCAUCUCUGAAGUUUCAAACAACACUUUUGUUAAAUACUAUUUACAUUUUGUUAAUAUGACUAAAUUGCUGUAAGUUCUAUACUUUUUAAUUUGCCAUACAUUAAUCAAUUUUCUUUUCAAUACAGGCCUGCAUGACAAAAUUAGAAAGCAGUUUUAUUUUCCUACAACGAAAAUUCCUGUUCAAUUCUGUUUGAUGUAACUCAUUGCCUCAUCAAUGGGACCUGCUCCAGAUUUACCAGUCAAAUUCUGUAUGCAACUAUUACAGACCCUAACACAUGACAAUCGGCCGUUUUUGAGAUGGGGCCAAUGACUGGAAUUUUAAAAACUGCUCAUAUCAGAUUAAAAAUUAUAUUCCAUUGCCAUUUGUAAAGAAGGGAUAAAUAAUUACAUCUACUUGACAGCUGUCACAAACACACAUCCCACUCCCAACCACAGAGAACCCCCAUCUUCCUUCUCUUUAUGCCUCCAGCUCUCAAAUGGCAACACUCUGGAGCAGCUGUUGAGCCAUAGGAGGUCAUUAGUUAAUUUUUUCACACCUACACUAUUCAACACCCUGUGGUGCACACGGGGAAAACAUUUGCAAGCAGUGAAGGCUUAGAAAUGUACAACAGCUUUCUAUCUAAGCUGGGUGGGGGGGGGGAGCAUGAGAGAGUAAACAGACUGGGGGGAUAUGAUCUAAUAUCUCUUGGCUCUAUGGCUGUGCCGUGACUCAUUACACUUAAAAUAGAGCAAACAACACCAGAUGCAAGUUUGAUCAUGAAGUUGAGUGUCUUAUUGUCUAUCUUAACUUUUUCCCACAGCUGAAAUUUGAAUUUCAGAUAAGAGAUAUGAUAUGGAAGUUUGCCUGUGGGAGGAAAAGUGGAAUGGGAUACAGUAGUAAUGAGACAGACGGGGAAUGUGAUAGCUGACUUUAAACCUCAUAAAUGAAAUCAUAAAAAUGUAUUGGUUCAAAUUCUUCAUUUAGCUUUUAUGUUCCAGCAUUGCAUCGUUAUCUUAUGGUUUGCAGUUUUCUGUCUCGCAUCAUUUAAUUGUGUUCACAGCAAUGUUGUGCUCUCUCCACGUUCUCUACGACUGUGAGCUUGCACGUCUUACUCUUGUUUACGUUCAACAUCAGUGAUAUUGCAAUUUAAAGCCAAUCUGCCUUUGUGCUCUAUUUAACAGCCUCAAAUAAAGUGUAAAAUAA